AAGGCAAAGAUAGUUUUAUCUAAAGAGGAUCAUGCCUGCUAAUGACACAUGUACUGGACCAGAUAGAGAUGAUAUAGAUUUUCGGUACUUUAUCUAUGCAGUCACAUACACUGUUAUCCUUGUGCCAGGUCUUAUAGGGAACAUACUAGCCUUGUGGAUAUUUUAUGGUUAUAUGAAAGAAACCAAACGGGCUGUGAUAUUUAUGAUAAACUUAGCCAUUGCUGACUUGCUACAAGUUCUCUCUCUGCCAAUGAGAAUCUUUUACUACUUGAAUCAUGACUGGCCAUUUGGACCCGGCUUCUGCAUGUUUUGUUUCUACCUGAAGUAUGUUAACAUGUAUGCAAGCAUCUACUUUUUGGUCUGUAUCAGUGUGCGACGAUUUUGGUUUCUCAUGUAUCCUUUACGUUUCCAUGACUGCAAACAGAAAUAUGACCUAUACAUCAGUAUUUCUGGCUGGCUGAUUAUCUGCCUCGCCUGUCUACUCUUCCCUCUCCUCAGAAACAGUGAGGACAUUCCUGGCAACAGAACCAAAUGCUUUGUGGAUCUACCUACCAGAAAUGUCAGUCUGACCCAGUCUGUUGCCAUGAUGACUGUGGGAGAGUUGAUUGGGUUUGUAACUCCGCUUCUGAUUGUUCUGUAUUGUACCUGGAAGACAGUUUUAUCACUGCAAGAUAAAUACCCUGUGUCUCAAGAUCUUGGAGAGAAAAAGAAAGCCUUGAAGAUGAUUCUAACCUGUACAGGAGUAUUCCUAAUUUGUUUUGCACCUUAUCACUUCAGUUUUCCUUUAGAUUUCCUGGUAAAGUCUAAGGAAAUUAAAAGCUGCCUAGCUAGAAGGGUAAUUCUAAUAUUCCAUUCUGUGGCUCUUUGUCUUGCUAGUCUGAACUCCUGCCUUGACCCAGUUAUAUACUACUUUACAACUAAUGAAUUUAGAAGAAGGCUUUCAAGGCAAGAUUUUCAUGAAAACAUUCAACUCUAUGCAAAAACCUUUGUGAGUAACCAUACCACUUCAACCAUGGCAACUGAAUUAUGCUAAAAAAAAAAAAACUGAAUGUGACCUGAAAUGCAAAUAUAUCAGAAACAUUUGCAAUACCCAAGCCAUAGGAAAGUACUCACAGAAAACACAGAUUUUCUUAGUUAUUCUGUUCUACCUAUAUGAAGAUUUCUCAUUUUCGUGGCAAGACCUAUUUGAAGCAUUAUGCUCCACCAUCAUUGAUGUUGACAUAUUCAUUAGUAAUUCGUCA